AUGAAGCAUAAUAAUCAACUUCCAAAUGUUCAUUUUCACAAGGAUUGGCAGUUAAGAGUUAAAACUUGGUUUGAUCAACCUGGACGUAAGAAAAGAAGAAGAUUAAAUCGUAUUCGUAAAGCUACUAAUAUUGCACCAAGACCAAUUCAACUUUUAAGACCAGCUGUUAGAUGUCCUACAGUUAGAUAUAAUACAAAAUUGAGAGCUGGCCGUGGAUUCACUCUUGAUGAACUUAAUGAAGCAGGGAUCCGUCGUAAGGAAGCUCUUACUCUUGGAAUUCCUGUAGAUCACAGACGUAAAAAUCGAUCAGUUGAAUCCCUUGCACUCAAUGUUCAACGUUUGAAGACAUAUAAAAGUAAACUUAUCAUCCUUCCAAAGAAAACUACACCAAAGAAAAAGACUGCUGAUGAUAUGGAGGUGGAUUCAGAAGAAACUAAACAACCCAAAGGAACUAUUUUGCCAAUUGAACAAAAAUGGGAUAAAUCUAAAGCACGUCCUAUUACAGAAGAAGAGAAAAAAUCCAGUGCAUAUGCUACUUUACGUAAAUUGAGAUCCGAUGCACGUCUUGUUGGUAUACGUGAAGCUCGUCGUAAAGCUAAAGAAGAAGAAGAAGCUAACAAAAAGAAAUAA